CUCGAACAGGCCGCCGGUCCGGCCGGCGGAGCCUCGCGUAGCGGGCAGGGAAGCCCCUGCGGAGGCAUGUGCAAGGAUGCCCUCGUCCUGGCCCGCCGGCUCACCGCGCGCGCGGGCCUCGCGGUUGGCCUGCUGGGCGAUGGGGCCGGGCACCCCGCCCAGGUCUCGCGGUGCGGGCGGCGGUCGCGGCUCCUGUGGGUGGCGCUCGCGGGCUCGGGCCUGGCCGCGCUGCUGUGGGCCGGCGAGCGCAGGAGGGCGGCCGCGGCGCCCCCGAGCGUGACGGGGCGGCGGCGGUCGCUGGCCGCGGUGGACCUUUGA